UCAACCAGUUCUAUCUCAAAUUUUUUGGUCGCCAUAGAAAUGGCGGGACUAGAGGCUGCACUCUCCCUCCUACUGCGCCAUCCUUCUUCUUCGUCUAAAUCCCUCUCAUCUCCCAAACUACAACGACAGUUCAUAAAUCUCCGCAGCUCCAAUUCUUUCCUUCUCCCUUCCGAAAAUCUUCGUGUGUCUCCUCUCACCCACAGCCGCCCAUCAACUCGAAAGCUUUCCUUUGAACUAGGUUCCACUUUACAAGAAAUAACAGCAGAGACCAAAACACAAGAAACCCAGGAAGUAAGCCAAAAGAGAAAACUAUAUGUAGUCAAUUUGCCUUGGUCUCUCUCUGUUGCUGAUAUCAAAAACCUCUUUGGCCAAUGUGGGACUGUAACAGAUGUUGAGAUUAUAAAGCAAAAAGAUGGGAGGAGCAAGGGCUUUGCGUUUGUGACUAUGGCCUCUGGGGAGGAAGCUCAGGCUGUUAUUGAUAAAUUUGACUCUCAUGAACUUUCAGGGAGGAUUAUUAGGGUUGAAUUUGCAAAGAGGUUCAGGAAACCCUCUCCUCCACUUCCUCCAGGCACUCCUGCCGGGGAGACCCGACAUAAGCUCUAUGUUUCCAAUCUUGCUUGGAAAGUUAGAGCAACUCAUCUGAGAGAUUUUUUCUCUACUAAUUUCAACCCGGUUUCAAGUAGAGUUGUCUUUGACAGCCCUUCUGGAAGAUCUGCUGGCUAUGGGUUUGUUUCAUUUGCCACAAAGGAGGAGGCAGUUGCUGCUAUAUCUGCUCUUGAUGGAAAGGAAUUAAUGGGUCGGCCGCUUCGGCUGAAAUUCAGUGAAAGAAAUGCUGAUGAAUCUUGAAGUGCAAAGCAAGAGGAAGUAAUAUAAAUACCCAACAUUUGGUAACCAUGCCUUUGGUUUGCUGAUCGACGGUACAAAUAAAGCAGCAGCAGCAGCGGAUAUGGCAAAAAAUUAUUUAUCUGACUCCAAUUAAUUUGGAAUUAAGACUUAUUUGUGCAUUCUCUUCUCUUUUUCUACCAGUACUGUGUAUAAGUUGUUGAUAUUAUUAUAAAUAUAUCACAUAACCGA